AGAACCAAAUAAUAAUCGUCGUCAACAAAAUAACCGUACAAUUUCAAAAAAAAAAACGAUCGGAUAGUCUUUGGUUUUGGUUUCUGGGAGAGAUGAUGAUUCUGCUCCCUGCUCCUCCUCCAAUCGCCUCUUUUGCCGCCAAUCCCGCCCUACUGCUAUCUUCACCACCGUAUCGGCCUCGGCGAAGAGACAACUCCGCCGUCGUUUCGGCUGCCUCGAGAGACGCAGUAGAUAGCUUCACGAGUAAAUCCGGUUACCUGUUCAAUCUCAGCGCCGAAGAGGCAGAUUCUUUGGCGGAGUACAGUUUCGCGAGGAUCGAUGCGAUGUAUAGGAAGAAGCCUCUGAUUCUGCUCCGCCGGUUGGCUCAGAUUGGGAGUACGUUUGGUUUCUGGUUUGGUCUUCGCUUGGCCGAUGAGGCUCUCGAUCGUUCUCAGCAAAUGUUCAAGGUACGAGCGGCGGAGCUUAGGAAGUUACUGGUGGAGCUAGGUCCGGCGUAUGUCAAAAUAGCUCAGGCCGUUUCAUCUCGUCCCGAUUUGAUACCGCCUGUAUACUUGGAUGAACUCUCCCUGCUACAAGAUCAAAUAACUCCUUUUUCAACCGAAGUUGCUUUUAAUAUGAUAGAGGAUGAACUUGGUCUUCCUAUAGAUGAGCUUUUCUCUGAGAUUUCUCCGGAGCCUGUAGCUGCAGCCUCCCUUGGGCAGGUAUAUCAAGCUAGGCUUCGUAGAAAUGGAAAGGUUGUUGCUGUUAAAGUGCAGCGUCCUGGUGUACGAGCUGCUAUUGCUUUGGACACUCUAAUUCUGCGAUACAUGGCGGGUUUGAUUAAAAAGGCUGGGAGAUUCAACUCAGAUCUCCAGGCAGUUGUUGAUGAAUGGGCAACAAGUCUUUUUAAGGAGAUGGAUUACUUGAAAGAAGCCCAAAACGGAAUAAAAUUUAGGAAGUUGUAUGGUAGCAUCAAGGAUGUCUUGGUUCCAAAGAUGUACACAGAGUACAGUACCAGCAAAGUUCUUGUAAUGGAGUGGGUGGAGGGUCAGAAGCUUGCUGAAGUUAAUGAUCUUUAUUUAGUUGAGGUUGGCGUAUACUGUUCGUUUAAUCAACUUCUGGAGUAUGGAUUUUAUCAUGCCGAUCCCCACCCUGGGAAUUUUCUACGCACAUACGAUGGCCAACUUGCAUAUUUAGACUUUGGUAUGAUGGGGGAAUUUAGGCCAGAAUUACGUGAUGGAUUCAUGGAAGCAUGUCUUCAUCUCGUAAAUCGUGACUUCAAAUCGCUGGCUAAAGACUUUGUAACUCUGGGGCUUCUUCCACCGACAGCUGAAAAGGGCGCUGUGACGAAGGCUUUAACAGACGUUUUUCAAGAUGCAAUUGCCAGAGGGGUUCGCAAUAUAAGCUUUGGUGACCUGUCUGGCGACUUAGGAAAAACUAUGUACCAAUUCAAGUUCCGAAUACCGCCCUAUUUUUCUCUUGUUAUCCGCAGCCUUGCUGUUUUGGAGGGCAUUGCCAUUGGUAUUAACCCAAACUACAAGGUAUUGGGCAGUACAUACCCUUGGAUUGCUAGGAAAAUCCUAACUGACAGCUCUCCCCAGCUGAAAAGUUCUCUUCAAUCUCUUUUGUACGAGGAAGGUGUUUUCCGAAUUGACCGUCUUGAGUCUUUGGUUACCGAGUCUCUGAGGACAGAGACGGCAUUGGUUCAGAACCCGGUGGAAGGCACGGACUCUAAGAUCGUCAUGAAGCAAAUACUUGCUUUUACUUUCACAGAACAGGGUUCUUUUGUAAGAGAAAUCCUUCUUCGAGAAUUCGCUAAGGGUCUUGAUGCAUUUGGAUUGGCAACUUUGGACUCCUUCACAUCUGUAUCUCCAUUUUCUGGCUCAAGGCCAUUCAACUCCUUGACAGAAGAAGACAUAACAAACCUAAGAACCUUCAAUCGACUCAUCUCGUUGUUCUCAGGGAUGCGAGGGGAUGAAGCUGUAAGCACACAAGUAAAAGCAACUAGUAAAAAUGGGGAGGCACUCACACCUCAAGACGAAGCAUCACUAGUCAUGUAUCAGCUUCCAUCAGCUGAAGAGAUGCUCCCGAUUCUCUCCAUCUUACCCGAGCUUCCGCAAGAGUCGCAACAGCGGUUGCUUCAGUUGCCAGGUGACUUGGUUGGAAGAUUGGUGUCUCGAGCUUUCGCUAGAACCAUUCGUAGGAUGUUUCUUUGAUGUCGUCCGAUUACAUCAAUGCAUUUAAAGAAUUCUUAGUACUUUAUAACAGUACUGUAGUAUAUACAUAAUCUCCAUUGUCACAUGAGUUAUUUCUUUAUAUAUUUUUAUGAGAAUCAUACUGUCCGUUGAGUUA